UGGCGGCGCGGCGGCGGGGCUCCGGCUGCGGAAGGCGAGGUGGGAGCGGUACCUGGGGCCUCGGGUCUGCCCUCCCUUCAGCUCCUAGUGCCUUGACUUGCGUUCAUAGUGCGGUUUAAUCCGGAAAGCGUCUGCUGUGCCAAAUAAGACCAAGAAAAUUACUAAUGGCAACAGAACUGCAGAAGACUCUCCUCCAGCUAAGAAGAUGCACACACGCCAGAGAGAGGGAGUAAGAAAGAGGCCUGCAGCUGUCUUGAAGGAAUCAGUGAAGGCCUUGCUGUUAAAGGGCAAAGCUCCUGUGGACCCAGAGUGUACAGCCAAGGUGGGAAAGGCACAUGUAUAUUGUGAAGGGGAUGAUGUCUAUGAUGUCAUGCUAAAUCAGACCAAUCUCCAGUUCAACAACAACAAGUACUAUCUCAUUCAGCUGUUAGAAGACGACGCCCAGAGGAACUUCAGUGUUUGGAUGAGGUGGGGCCGAGUUGGGAAAACGGGCCAGCACAGCUUGGUGGCUUGUUCUGGUGACCUCAGCAAGGCAAAGGAAAUCUUUCAGAAAAAAUUCCUUGACAAAACAAAGAACAGUUGGGAGGAUCGUGAGAAGUUUGAGAAAGUUCCUGGAAAGUAUGAUAUGAUACAGAUGGACUAUGCUGCUACUACGCAGGAUAAAGAUACAAAACAAGGGGAAUCUCCUGAAACCUUGAAACCAGAGUCACAGCUGGAUCUUCGGGUGCAGGAACUGAUAAAGUUGAUCUGUAAUGUACAGACCAUGGAGGAGACGAUGAUUGAAAUGAAGUAUGACACCAAGAAAGCCCCACUUGGAAAGCUGACAUUGGCACAGAUCAAGGCGGGCUACCAGUCUCUCAAGAAGAUUGAGGAUUGUAUUCGGGCUGGCCAACAGGGCCGAGCUCUCCUUGAAGCCUGCAAUGAAUUUUACACCAGGAUCCCACAUGACUUUGGACUCCGUACCCCUCCAGUAAUCCGGACAGAGAAAGAACUGUCAGACAAAGUACAACUGCUGGAGGCUUUGGGAGACAUUGAAAUUGCUCUUAAACUGGUGAAGACGGAGCACCAAAGCCCAGAACACCCACUGGACCAACACUAUAGAAACCUACGCUGUGCUUUGCACCCUCUAGACCAUGAAAGUUAUGAGUUCAAAGUGAUUUCUCGGUACCUGCAGUCUACCCAUGCUCCUACACACAAUGACUAUACUAUGACCUUACUGGAUGUUUUUGAAGUAGAGAAGGAGGGGGAGAAAGAGGCCUUCAGAGAGGACCUUCCUAACAGGAUGCUCCUCUGGCAUGGUUCCAGGCUGAGUAACUGGGUGGGAAUCCUGAGCCACGGGCUGCGAAUUGCCCCACCUGAGGCUCCAAUCACUGGUUACAUGUUUGGGAAAGGAAUCUACUUUGCUGACAUGUCUUCCAAGAGUGCCAAUUACUGUUUCGCCUCUCGUCUGAAGAAUACAGGACUGCUGCUAUUAUCAGAGGUGGCUCUAGGUCAGUGUAAUGAGCUACUAGAAGCCAAUCCAAAGGCAGAAGGUUUACUUCAGGGAAAACACAGCACCAAGGGGCUGGGCAAGAUGGCUCCUAGCCCUACCCACUUCAUCACCCUGAAUGGGAGUACAGUGCCCAUAGGACCAGCAAGUGACACAGGAAUUCUGAAUCCAGAAGGUUAUACCCUCAACUACAAUGAGUUUAUUGUCUAUAGCCCCAACCAGGUCCAUAUGCGAUACCUUCUAAAGGUUCAAUUUAACUUCCUGCAACUGUGGUGAAUGUUGAUGUUCAGUAAACCAGGGAAGAUACACUCUUUAAGGCAAAAAAAAAAAAAAAAAAGAAAUGUUCUGUUUUUGAACUCUUUAACAUUUGGGGUAAUAAAAUAUUUUA